AUGGCGGCGGAAUCCAAAUCUCCCUGCCAUCAUCCUUCCAAUAUCGAGAAUGUCGACCUCCAAAAUCUUCGAUGGGUUCUGCAGGGAAACGUUGCUGUGCUAACUGGAAAUCCAUUUGAUCCAGUCGUCCAAGAUCAGUACGACAAAGUUGCGAGUGUUGUUGAUGAGGACUGCAUUUGGCUGGGUCCUGGACUCCAACUUCUUCUGGACCACGUACUGGCUGUCAGUCAAGAGGGGAAAAUUGUGUGGUUAGCUCCUGCACGAGACUCUCAAUCAGUCCUCCAAUCAGCACAGCAACUACAGAAUUGUCAUUUUAUUCGACUCGAGUCGACCCUGGAGUUUCUGUGUCCUGGAAUGAUAGAUCUGCACAUUCAUGCUCCUCAAUUCUCCUACACUGGAACAGCCACGGAUCUACCUUUGACGGGACCUGAUGGCUGGUUAGAGACCUACACGUUUCCGGCCGAGCGGCGACUAAAGAACAAUCUCCCGCUGGCUCGAAGAGUCUAUCAAUGUGUGGUCCAAACAACCUUGGAGAAUGGUACCACUACCGCGGUCUAUUUUGGAACACUGCAUCUGAAACCCAACCAAAUUUUAGUCGAUGUGUGCCUGGAAUACGGACAACGGGCUUUAGUCGGAAAGGUGUGUAUGGAUCGCAAUGCGCCUCAUGAUUAUGUGCAGACUUUGGAAGAGAACAUUGAAGAAACCAGAGAACUGAUUCAUUACAUCGAGCAUCACCCACAAAACAGCAAUCCGCUGGUUUUGCCAUUGAUUACGCCCCGCUUCAUUCCCACCUGUUCUCCUGAACUCUUGACGGCAUUGGGAGACAUCGCCGCCGAACAUCCAAACUGUCACAUUACCAGCCACAUUUCCGAAUCCAUCGACGAAGUGGCAUGGAGUAAACACUUGGAUGAACAGGAUCAUGGAAUAAUGGAUCGGACCGAUGCCGCCAUGUUUCACAGUCACAAGCUCUUGACGGAUCGAUGCAUUAUGGCUCAUGGAGUACAUUUGUCAGACGCCGAUGCGGAUAUACUGAUGGAGCAAGGAACGGCCGUGGCGCACUGUCCAUUGUCCAAUUUUUUCUUUGCCGGUGGUGUAUUCCCUUGCCGACGAAUGAUGCAACGCGGAAACAAGGUGGGACUGGGCACAGAUGUCGCUGGGGGCUAUUCUCCGUCCAUGUUGCAGGCUGCCCGAACGACCGUUGUGGCAUCGCAGUCACUGCAAGCAAUGCACACUCAAAUGGAACAACAACCAACUACAAACGAUACGACUGAAUCCAUUUUGGAUUAUCGACAUGCCUUCUACCUGGCAACAUUGGGUGGAGCAGAAGCUUUGGGUUUGCAACACCAGAUUGGAAACCUCCAAGUCGGAAUGUCCUUCGACGCCUUCAUUCUCUCAGCAAAGGGCAAAAGCAAUAUUACAGUAUUUCCAGAUUUCGACAGUUUGGCAGAUGUUUUUCAAAAGCUCUUGGUGUUGGGAGACGACCGAAACAUUAGUCAUGUCUUUGUGAAAGGAAGAGAAGUCAAAAGACAGUUUCAAGUUACUAGCUGCAGCCCUUGA